AUGUACACAGAUGAACUAGACAGAGCCCAGAAAUACUGCAUCCUCGGCUACCUUGAGGGGAAACUAAUAGGCUUCAUUUGUGACUCCAGAUUUCCAUAUGAUCUGCACACCCAAUCCAACAGCCACACCACUGAGAAUGUGAUUACAGGUUUUGAAUUGAAUAGAGAAAACAAAUGGUGGCAAUCCAAAAAUGGUCUUGAUCAUGUCAACAUCAGAUUGGACCUGGAGGCAUUAUUUCAGUUCAGCCACCUUAUUCUGACCUUGAAGACUUUUCGACCGGCCGCAAUGUUAGCUGAACAUUCCACAGACUAUGGACACACCUGGAAAUUGUUUAAAUAUUUUGCAGAAGAUUGUGCUGCCAUCUUUCCCAACAUCACAUCUGGCCAGGCCCAGGGGGGAGACUUUGUUUGUGAUUCUAAAUAUUCAGAUAUGGAACCCUCAACUGAUGAUGAGGUAGCAUUAAAAGUUUUGGAUCCCAGCUUUGAAAUAGAAAACCCCUACAGUUCCUACAUCUAAAACCUUGUUACAUUAACAAAUCUGAGGACAAACUACAAACUUUACUCCCUUGGGGAUACUUUGCUUGGAAGGAGGCAAAAUGAUUCCCUUGAUAAAUACUACUAUGCCCUGUAUGAGACAGUGGUUCAGGGCAGCUGUUUUUGCAAUGGCCAUGCUAGCAAAUGUGGCCCAAUGCAGAAGACUUCUGGAAUGGUUCAUGGCCGAUGUGCCUGUCAGCACAAUAUAGAUGCACACUGUGAGCGAUGCAAGGACUUCUUCCAGCAUGCUCCUUGGAGGCCAGCUGCAGGCCUCCAGGACAGCACUUGCAGACUUUGUAGCUGUAACAGCCACUCUGACUGCUGUCACUUCAACAUGACUGUGUACCUGGCCGGUGGCAGGGAGGGGAGCGUGUGGGAAGACUGCCCGCAUAACACCCAGGGACAUCAUUGCCAUCACUGCAGACCCCUUUUCUACAGGGACCCCCUCAAGGCCAUGUCGGAUCCACACGUAUAAUGCAUAUCUGUGUCCUCUGCUUAUGAAUGUGACCCAGAUGGGACCAUAUCAAGUAGCAUUUGUGUGAGCCACUCUGAUCCUGCCUUGGGGUCUGUGGCUGGCCCGUCUGUGGAAGGAGCCAAGUGCAACCAGUGCAAGUCCAACCACAACAGACUGGACCCCACUGAUGCUAUGGGCUGCCAGGCCUGCAACUGUAACCCUUUGGGGAGUCUGCCACUCUCGACCUGUCAUGUGGACAUAGACCAGUGCCUGGGCCAGCCCUCUGCCACCAGACCACACUGUGAGGAGUGUGCUAUAUCAUUUUCUCUGCAGUUUGGAUACUGGGGAGUGGGUAAUCAUCUCCAUGCAUGUUCUCCCAGUGACUGUGAUAUUGGAGGUGCUUGUUCUGAUGUGUGUUUUUCCAAGAAUGGGCAGUGAAAAUGCCCACAUGUCACUGGCCUCAGAUGCACUGAACCCGCCCCUGGCUUUUUUGCUUCUUUGAAUUUCUAUCUCUAUGAGGCCGAGAAAGCCGUGCCACUCCACGGACUCGCCCCUUUGAGCUCAGUGACUUUUGGCCCCGUGCCUGCUGUUCACAUUGUUUUCUGAAAGCCAUUCCCUGGGAUGCUUGUUACAUGGACUGGACCUGGAUUUGCCAGUGUUCUCCCUGGGGCUGGCUUAAGAUUUGCCUGUCACAAAAUUCCUUCUCCCAUGGACUUUACCAUGGCCAUUUGCUAUGAAACUCAGGUAACAUUUAAGUCCAACACUUUCAGUCAUAAAAAGCUGAAAUACAUUCUUGCACCAAAUGUUUCCAUCCCAGUCUUGCUAGAUAUGUUUAUCAUAAAAUUAUUUGCAAAAAGUAGAACAUCUGGAGACCAUUACACACCCAAGUGUUUCCUAAAGAUAUUAAAGCAACAUAAUGAGGAGCCAUUUGCUACAAUUCUCACACCUAUCUGUUUAGAACCAGAUGUAUAACAUUAUAUAGAUGUCUAUUUUUCCCAGCCUUUGGAAGGAGGGUCUCACGCUCAUUCACACAUCCUUGUUGAUUCACUUGGUCUUCUUCCCCAAAUCAGUGCAUUGCAGGGUUUCUGCAGCAAGCAAGAUUUAGAUGAAUACCAGCUGCACACCUGUGUUGAAAUUGCCUCGGGCCCUGGGGCUCAAGUGCUCCCUGAUGCAUGUGAAUGGCUUAUAGUCAGCAUGUCUGCCAGGCUGCACAAUGCACAGUGAGUGAGCUGCAAGUGUCACCCCUAGGGGUCGGUCGAAACCAGCUGCAGUGCACUUGGAGGCCAGUGCCAGUGUAAGCCUCAUGGUGUGUGCCGUUGUGACAGGUAAGCAACAGGAAGCUACCGUUUGGGGCAUCAUGGCUGUCACUCAUGUCACUGCCAUCCUCAAGACUCAAAGGGCACUGUAUGUGACCAAAUAACAGGACAGUGCCUCUUCUGGGAAGCAGUGGCUGGCCACCGUUGUGAUGGGUGCCUGCAAGGCUCUUGUGGAGUUCCCAAUUGCCGCCCUUGCAUUUGCCAUGCCUUUGCUGAGCUUUGUGAUCUGGAAGCAGGAUCAUGCUUCAACUAGUGUGAGGGGUUUACAACUGGAAGAAGCUGUGACAGAUGCAUCAAUGGUUACUAUGGAAAUCCUUCUUCAGGACAAUCCUGCUGUCCUUGCCCAUGUCCAGAUGUUCCCUCGAGUAAUCAGUAUUUUGCCCAUUCCUGUUAUCAGAAUCCCUGGAACUCAGAUGUAAUCUGCAGUUGUUCUCAAGGUUAUACAGGUAAGCAGUGUGGAGAAGGCUCUGCUGGUUUCUGUGGAAAUCCAAGAAUUUCUGGAGCACUGUGCCAGCCAUGUGCCUACAACAACAACAUUGAUGUUACCGAUCCAGAGUCCUGCAGCCUAGUAACAGGGGAGUGUCUUAAAUGUCUGCACAGUACUCAGGGGCCCAACUUCCAGUUCUGCACACCUGGUCAUGGAUCAGCCCUCAAUCAAACCUGCAGAAGAUGCUCCUGUCAUCCUUCCGGUGUGAAUACCGCUGAGUGUCCCCCUAGUUGGGGAGCUUGCAUCUGUGACCCGACCACUGGCACAAGCCCUUGUCUGCCCAAUGUCACAGGGCAUACCUGUGACCAUUGUACUGACAGAUGUUGGUACUUGGUCCCCAGCAGAGGAUGUCAGCCAUGUGACUAUGACCUCUGGACCUCUCAUGGUAGCCUCAGUGACCAGGUUACAGGCCAGUGUCCGUGUAAAUUAGGUUACGGUGGGAAAUACUACAGUAAGUGCCAGAAAAAUUGUUAUGCAUGUGAUUGCAACAGGGAGAGGACCCAGAAGCCCGUCUGUGACCUGGACACUGGCAUGUGUCACUGCCGCGAAGGUGUCAGUGGCCAGCGAUGUGAUCACUGCACAAAGGGUCAUGGCCAGCAAUUCCCUGCUUGUCUUUGGAGUCACUCGUGCUUUGAUCAAUGGGACCAUUCUUUCCUCUCCAGAGCAGUGCAAGGGUUAAUUAGACUGGCUGCUAACAUGGAAGAUAAAAGAGAGACCUUGCCUGUCUGUGAGGCUGACUUCAAAGGCCUCCAAGAGAACAUGUCUGAAAUAGAAAGGAUUUUAAAACAUCCUGUUUUCUCAUCUGCGGAGUUCUUAAAAGUCAAGGAUUAUCAUGAUUCUGUUCAGCAAGAAAUCAUGCAGCUAAGUGAGCAACUGAAAACAGUGAGUGAAUUUCAAGAUCUAAAGGAAACAGUAGUAAAAGUGAGGAGUGAAUCAGACCUCUUAUUUGAAAAUCUUCAAGAAGAAAUUAUAAAAAAUAUAAAUAAACUGGCAGAAGUUUCCAAAAACAAUGCCUUACAGUUAAGUGAGAAACUGUGGAACAUGAAAAACCAAAGUGAAUCUGAAGAAGGAAACAUAAAUCUUUUCAUUAAAAAACUGGAAAAGUUUCUAUUAGAGAAAAAUGUGCCUCCAGAGGACAUAGAGAAGGUUGCAAAUUAUGUACUUGACAUCCACCUGCCAAUGACAUCACAAAAUCCAACCCAUAAACAACAAAUACAGAAAUGUAUGUAACUCUGUAAGGACUAUGAGACAGAUGAGGACAAGCUAAAUAAAGCAGCAAACGGAGCUCAAAAGAUUUUGGUGAAGGCAAAAGCAACUGAGAAAGCAGCAAAUGGUCUACAAAAUCUGAAAAAAAUGUUGAAUAAGUUGCAAAAAAUUCAAAUCACUCAAGGACGGACAAAUUCUACUAAUACAUUGACUGCCAAGAUGACAAAAAUAAAAAAGAAUGCACUGCAGACUGAAAAUAAAGCCAAGGAGACUAAGAAUGAACUGGACUCAACAAAGCAACAGUCAGCACUGGAGGAUGGGCUUUCCUGGUUGCAAAUCAAGUCGCAAAGGAAUCGAGCCAUCCAUGUGAAAGCCCAGGCCAAACUGGCUCAACACCAGGCUGGGGGCCUUGAGGAGGAGUGUGUUGCACUGAAAAAUCAAUAUGCUACUCUUCAACAUAAGUAUGGCAGCACGACAAAGGAAACAUUAGGAAAAGUGAAACAGUUAAAAGAUGCAGCAGAAAAAUUGGCUGGAGAUACAGAGGACAAGAUAAGAAGAAUAACAAGUAUCUCUUCUUUUCUCCCGCUUUAUUGA